UUAAAUCAUUUCUACAAGCCAAAGACAUAGACCUUGCCAAAAUCAGGUUCAUCGCCUUAGACGGGUGCAACACAAUGAGUGGAGAACACAAAGGACUACAGAGACGAAUCAGACACGAAAGUCCAUUCGCAUUGUUUGUCAACUGCCGAAAUCAUCGCCUAGCCUUAUGCUUAGUCCAUCUUAUCAAACGAUACCCAGUUCUUCAAGAAAUUGAUUCCACACUUCUGGCACUAUGGAAGUUAUUUGAGUUUUCACCGCAGAAGUUGGCUGUUUUCAAGCACAUUCAAUCAGUCUAUGGCAAGGAACCACUUACCAUUCUUCGUGCAGCUACUACCAGAUGGUUGUCUCAUCUUCAUGCAUCUUCAAGAUUUAUUUCAAGAUACAACUGUAUACUUGAUACACUUGAUGCACUAUAUGAAGAUAAAAAAGACCCAGAGGUAUAUGGUAUCAGGGCGUCUAUAACAAAGAAAAGUUUACUGGCAGGUAUCUUACUCCUGUGUGACAUUUUGAAACCAGUACACAUGCUUUCUCUCUAUCUUCAACGUGAAGACAUAAACUUUACCAUGCUUCCCAUCCAUGUCAAAGAAACCAUUGACUUGCUUCAUCUACUGGUUGAAAACUAUCAGAGAAAUCAGUUACAAGACACAGAGUAUCAGAAAUGUGGUGAUUUGUUCUUAUAGGUGGAUGAUAGAACCAACCUUGCAAGGCGAAUGAGAGCUAGAGCACAUGAAUUGACACCAGAAUCCUUCCUUGAACAAACAGGAAUUCCAUUGAUCUAUGAUCUGAUACAGGAAAUUGAGGAUGCGUUCUGUACAGGAUCUUCUGUCCUUCCAUCCUUUGGAAUACUGGAUCCACAUAAUUUACCUGACACUGUGCAGGAACUUUCGGAUUACAAUCAAGAGAGCAUAAACAGAAUAGUUGAGUUUUAUGGAACUGCAGAGGAUGACACAUUCCAGGGACACAGAGUCCAGGUUCGAGCACAGUUUGACCCUGUGGCCCUCAGGGCAGAGCUUGAAAAUUUAAAGCGACACCUUUUCAUGUUGAGUUUAUAGUAUUGGCUGAGAAAAUGAUCAAUUGGAAUCAAAGGCAAUAAACAUGAUAAAGG